AUGACAAAUAAAAUACACAUUGCGACAUACAAUACGUUGUCUUUAAGAACCAAUGAGAGUCUAACGGAACUAAUACUAGCUCUAGAAAAUGUAAAGUGGUCAAUACUGGGUUUGAGUGAAGUCCGACGACUAGGGGAGAGUAUAGAAGACCAUGGGCAUUUUAUAUUUUAUUAUAAAGGAGAAACACCAGGCUUAUAUGGAACAGGAUUCUUAAUAAAAAAUGAAUUAAAACCAUUUAUUGACGAGUUCAUUGGCGUCUCAGAGCGUAUUGUUAUACUCAAUAUAAAACUACCUCCGAAAAACGAUCGAUGGUCGAUUGUGCAAGUCUACUCUCCAACUGAACAAUCAAGUAGAACAGAAAUCGACACCUUCUACUCCAUGUUACAAGACGCGAUAAUCAAACACUCGCACAACAAUUUAGUAGUGAUGGGAGAUUUUAAUGCAAGAACAGGGGCAAGAGGAGACGGAGAACAAAUGAUAUUGGGUCCGUAUUGUUCAGGCAAAAGAACAAGAAAUGGGGAGAAACUUGUCCAACUGGCAUAUGAAAACAACUUAAAAGUACUAAACACUCUUUACAGAAAACGUGAGAACAACAGAUGGACAUGGAUAUCUCCAGAUGGUCACCACAAAAACGAGGUAGAUCACAUACUAACAAAAGUAAAGACUUUCGGGACUGUAGAGUUUUAA